AUGGCUCGUUCUGAAAGCCCUCUAGACGACGACCAUGACAGGAGAAUGACUUCUGCACCUCGAAGUACACAAGAUAUGGAGGAGAAACCUGCCAAGAGAAUGAAGAUUGAUUCUCGGCAAGAAGACACCGCUCGAUCAAAACGUAUGUUCGGUAACCUCUUGGGGACGUUGCAAAAGUUCAAGAAAGAAGACAAGACCUCCAGAACUUCCGACGCUGCAAAACGAAGAGAACAAGUCUCAGAGAGAAUAGCUUCGAAGAUUCGGACUGAAAACUCAUUGAAUCAAGAGAUAGCAGACAAUGAGAGAGAACUGAAGACUCUCCGUAUACAAACUGGGUCUGUGGAGUUUGUCUUGAAUCAUAAGCAAGCGGCGAUGACAGCGAGACAUGCUUUCUUACUUCCCACUUCCAAAUUUCUUUUCACAUCCCUUCCGACACCUUCCGAGCCUCUGUUUCAGGGCAACCUACUCGAUCCCUCACCAAUACCUCUCGCAUCAGGUCCUUCUCGUCAGCCUCCCAAUCCUGCACAAUUGAAACCACUUUAUUUUUUGCCAAAGAUAUUACUGCCCGAACAGGAAGAAGAGCUGAAUAUCCGUAUCAAAAAUAUAGACGAGCUUGUCAAGGCCGAAGCCGACGAUUUGGCCAAAGAAGAGGAAAAAACACGCACGACGGCAGCUGAGAACAGGCGAAGGAUGGAGGAGUUGACUGAUAAAUUGACAGAGCUGAGAAGAAAGGUCAGACCUGAGGGAUUGGUCGAAAAGGAUGAUUUUGGACGAACACCGAGGGAACAGAUGGAGGUGGAUCGGGAUAGAGAGAUAAGUAUCAAAAGGGAAGAAGGGGUACAAAUACGAGGUGAGAACGGGGAUGUCGAAGUGGAAUAUUGA